AUGGGGGUUGAUAAAGUUUCACUGAUGGAUAAGGGAAUUUUCCUGGUUCAAAUAUGGGACUUAGACUUGAAGUAUUGGGGUGAGAAGGCUUUGAGCAAAAUUGUUAGCAAAAUUGGGAAAUUUAUAAAAGUUGACCAGGCAACUGCUAAGAGGGAGAAGCUUCAAUUUGCUAGAGUCUUGAUUGAGGUAAGUAUAUCUCAGGAUUUUCCUAAUGAGGUAUCUUUCCUGAAUGAGAAAGGAGUGUCAACACAAGUGAGAUUGAAGUAUGAUUGGAAACCUGUAAUAUGUUCUAAGUGCAAGAUUCUAGGACAUGGUGUUGAUGCUUGUAGAAAGAGAACGCAGAAGAAGAGGGUGAUACAGAACAAAGCUUGGAUUCCUAAAGUAACCAAGCAGAUAGAGCCUCUACAGAAUGAUGGAAGUGAAAAAGAAGAUGAGGAACAUGGAUUUCAAAUUACUAAGAAGCCCAAGAAGUAG